ACGCAUCGCCCCACGUUUUAGUGUUAGUGCCCGGGGGCGGGAGAGGAAACGUGGCGACCCAGGACGUGGAACUGCACGGAGCUCGGGGUUCUGCUCAUUGCAACAUCACCUCUGACGUCCCGGCCAGAACCUCGUAGAACAAAGGCCUAGCAAAGGGUCGGAGUUGACCCCACAGACCGCACAGGUCCGCUCGCGGCCGGGAGAGUCUGAGGCGCGCCGCCAACCCAGGCCGGCCCAGCACAGACGUAACCGAGCGGGCGCGCGCACCAGGAAGCGGGAGAGCGCGAGUCCCAGCCCCAGGCGGGCCUCCCUGCGCGCUCCGGGCUCCGCCAUGCUCGCCCUCCGAAGCGGCCUGCGGAGGGCGCUGGCCCGGCGGGCUCUGGCGCCUCAGAUGUGCUCAUCUUUUGCUACUGGCCAUAAACCAAAGGAUGGAGAAUUCUAUGAGUUUUGUACUUGCUAUCUGAAACCCUCAAAGAUGGAAGAGUUCGUGCAAAAUUUUAAGAACAACGUUCAUCUUCGGACGGCUUAUUCUGAAUUGGUCGGAUAUUGGAUAGUAGAAUUCGGAGGCAGAAUAAACACAGUGUUCCAUAUUUGGAAGUAUGAUGAUUUUGCUCAUCGAACUGAAGUUUACAAAGCCUUGGCCAAAGAUAAGGAAUGGCAAGAACGGUUCCUCAAUCCAAAUUUGAACUUCAUCAAUAAACAAGAGAGUGAAAUUGCCUACCUGUUACCAUGGUCCAAAUUAGAAAUGCCUCCAAAGGAAGGAUUCUAUGAGCUGUCUACUUUUCUGAUGAAACCUGGUGGCCCAGCUUUAUGGGGUGGUGCCUUUGAAAGGGCAAUAAAUGCCCAUGCGAAUCUAGGCUACAAUAAAGUAAUUGGUGUGUUCCAUGCAGAAUAUGGAUUACUCAACAAAGUCCUUGUUCUGUGGUGGAAUGAGAGUGCAGACAGUCGCACAGCUGGGAGACAUCGGUCUCAUGAGGAUCCCAUGGUUGUGGCUGCUGUCCGGGAAAGUGUCAACUACCUAGAUAUUCAGCAGACUAUGUUCCUGACUCCUCUGUCGUUUUCACCAUUGAAAUAGUCUCCCACCUACUGUUUUAGUACCUGAUGUGAGUUGUGUCAGCAGAUGGGGCUUCAAUUCUCUCAAGAGAAUCAUUUCUAUUUUUGUUUGAGGAAAUGGUAAGUUGAUUUACUAUGUCCCUUGCAUUUUUAAAGCUCAUCUAGGUCCCUUUUAUUAAGUGCAUCUCUGCAUGGGAAGUAGAGUUCAUCUUGCCACUGCCACUUCAUUAGCUGUCAGACAUUAAAAAUAAUUAAUUUUAAAAUAAUGUCAUUUGGUCAUAAAAUCUUUGAAGACUCUUUGGUUUAUAAGCUUGAAAUGACCUUUAUUACUAAUAUCUACUUUAUUCUGACCUUCUGUAAUAAAGAUACUUGGUCAUUAUAUCAAGAUCUUUGUUUUUCAUUUGUUUCAGAAUAUGUCUUCUGUAGAACACCCCUUUGUUCAGAUGAGACCACAUUUCCAAGCUUGUGACUAUAUUUUAAAAUUGUUAAUAAAUAUAUGAACUUUUAAAA